UCGGGCUGCUUUGAGCUCAGACCGCGCGCGGCGAGGAUGAGGCGGACCGGAAGCGGCGUCAGGUGCGCGCUCUCUCUCGUUUAUACUCGUUUCGGUGAUCCUAAUACACACUUCUAGACUACUAGAGCACUAGUGCUGUAGGGAGCACUGGUUUUGACUGACUAGCAGCCCGAGUCAAAGUGCUGUAGGAGUGCUGUCAAACAACUGAGCGCAUGCAAAAUAAAAGUUUUUGUUUACGUAAUAUUUCUUUGUGUGCUGCGUUUAUGUAAAUGCACACACGUUCAGUAUAUAUGUAGAAAAUAUUAAUAUGUGGAACAAAGACGCUAAAAUGGUUUAGCCAUAAAAACAGUAAGCGUAAUACUGCUUUCAGUGGUUGCUGUUUCCCCCAAAAACAUUCAAAAGUGUUCUCUUUAAAUUAAUUGCGAUUUGUUUUUGUAUUUUGCCACUAUCAUAGGUUUUGCCCAUUUGUCUGUAAUAAUAAUAAUAAUAAUAAUACUAUACUACAAGACGCAAUAAAAUUGAAUAUGCGUCCUUAUUCUUCUAUAUAUUUUAAUAGUCAGAAUAAAUAUGUUGUUUGAAUAUUCACAUAAAUGUGUUGCACAAGAAUGACAUUAUUUCAACUCCAGAAACGUAGUUGAAACCUUAAAAGUUAACACUUAUAUUUAAUGCUCUUUCUCUGAACAUAAAUCCCCAUGUAUAUACAUUUAUAAUAUUAUUUUUUUAUUAUACCAUAUGCAGUAAAUUUCUAGCGAUUAUUGUCGAUUUGAUUAUAGAGUCCGCCUCUCCGUUUUAUUAAAAAAAUCCGAUCAGUCUGUGUUGUUACACGUGCUGUGUAAAAAGGAUAGUUAUAUACUUUUAUUUUGGAUGUAUUGCGAUGAAUCAUUUGACAGCACUAAUACACUCCCAGUAAAACAAGCAGCGUUGUUUUAAUCUCAGUGGAGUGAUCUGCCAGUCAAAUAUUGUGGGAGGAUUUUAAGUCCUGAAGACCACUGCCCUAGAAACCACCUAGCAACAGCCUAGCAACCAGCCCUUAGAUACCAUCAUGACACGACAUUUAGCAGCCUAAAAAAAGCACCUAGCAACCAGUGAGUACACGACUGCAGCCACCUAGCAACGCAGUACUGAACACUGAGCAGAGCUUAGCGACGCUGUGGUGUAUGUGUAGGGUGAGUGAGGUAUCUUCAGAGACAUGCCACGCCAGAGAAGAUCCCAGAGGAGAGAGACGAGUCCGGAGACGAGCAGCGGGUUGAAGCCACAGGCAGAGAAACGGAAGACGAGUCCCUACUUCAGCGGAAGGAAUGGAGCUCUCAGCGCCCCGGAGCGCAAGGCCUUCAGGAAGUGGACUCCGCCGCGCUCGCCCUUCAACCUGGUGCAGGAGACGCUGUUCCACCAGCCCUGGAAGCUUCUGGUGGCCACCAUCUUCCUGAACAAGACCAGCGGUACGCAGCAUUGCAUCGGUAAGAUGGCGAUCCCGGUGCUGUGGGAGUUCUUCGAGCGCUAUCCGAGCCCAGAGGUGACCCGGGCCAGUGACUGGAGACCUCUGUCUGACCUUCUGCAGCCGCUGGGUCUCAGCACGCUCCGAGCCAAAACACUCAUCCGCUUCUCCGAUGAGUAUCUGAGUAAAUCAUGGCGGUAUCCCAUCGAGCUCCAUGGCAUUGGAAAAUACGGGAACGAUUCCUACCGUAUCUUCUGCGUGGAGGAGUGGAGAGAGGUCACUCCAGACGACCACAAGCUCAAUGACUAUCACGCCUGGCUCUGGAAGAACCAGGAGCAAUUAGGAAUCUGACUUUAAUAAAUCGUACUGUCUGCUGAAGCAUCGGUGAAUCAGUGUCACUGCCAAUAACAUGACUUUUUCUUAUCGUUUCAUCGUGUUUCUUCAUCGGUUCAGGAAAAAAAUGUCAUGUAAAAAUAAAUCAUCUUUUGUACAUA